GACACCGGGGAGUACGCUAUGCUAUGACGCGCCACACGCCCCGGUCGGUGAUUGGUGGAGCCGUUUAAGCGCGGCGCGCCGCAGCCAAUCAGAGUCGUGUUGUUUCUGUGGCGUCGCUGCGCGGGUAGCGCGCUAACGGAGGAUACAACAUAAAACUAGUGUAAACAACGCGCCUUCCCGUUCACGGCCGCUUUGCUUGGCUGCUUUUGGUGACCCGGACCGAGCCCCUUCACCUGCGGGGAUAUAUCUGUGCUGAGGUCGUAUCUGCGGGGGUUUGUGUGAGGACGCAGCAGCAGCCGAGCCCCGCCAGCUAACGUUAGCCGCAGCUCGAGUCGCAGCUUCCUGCUGCGAGCAGCAUGUAGCUGCUCCGCCCGAGCACACACACCCGCGGAGAGUUCAUCCAUCCACACGCAUCCACCAGCCCGCCAGCAUGAGCGAGGUGACGGGCUGCCCGCGGCCCGCCGACCCCUCCGCGCCCAGGAAGCGGGCUCCGUCCCCCGGCCAGGGCCGCGCCGGCGCCGGGGCCCCCAAGUUCACCAAAGUGGGGGACUCCGGGGCCACCGACACCGGGGAGACUCUGGACUCUAGUAGGAACUGUGAGGGGGAGAGUAGAGAGGAGAUCGGGGGGGGAUCUGCAGGCAGCGGGGACCUGAAGACUCACCGGGAAGCAGAUGGCGCGCUGCCCGCCGACAGCGCUGCCCCCGCCGGCCACGAUGCAGCCACCGCCGGCCACAAGCUGCAGGUACCCGGGGGUACCAAGCUGCAGGGAUCCGGGGACCACAAGGUGCAGGGAUCCGGGGACCACAAGGUGCAGAAAUCCGGGGAUCACAAGGUGCAGGGUUCUGGGGAUCACAAGCUCCAGGGAACUGGGGGCAAGAAGCUCCAGGGAUCCGGGGAUCAUAUGGUGCAGAAAUCCGGGGAUCACAAGGUGCAGGGAUCCGGGGAUCACAAGGUGCAGGGAUCCGGGGAUCACAAGGUGCAGGGAUCCGGAGAUCACAAGGUGCAGGGAUCUGGGGAUCCCAAGGUGCAGGGAUCCGGGGAUCACAAGGUGCAGGGAUCCGGGGAUCACAAGGUGCAGGGUUCUGGGGAUCACAAGCUCCAGGGCUCCAAGCCCACCCCGACUCCCGCGGACAAAUGUGACUCCGCAGCCGCCAUCGCAGCCGCCGAAGCGCUGGCCAGCCUCACCGGAGGAGACGGGGAGGACAGUCGAGAGACUCCGUGCUCCUCCGAGAAAAAGGAGAAACCCGUCAAACACGGCAGCAAGUACAGACAGCAGCGCGGAGCAGGAGGAGGAGGUCACCAGUCCUCCUCCAAAGUGAGCUCCAAGACCCAGGCGGCCGCAGCAGACAGCUCCACAUCAGUCCACAGCACCGACAAAAAAGAAGAAGGAGAAGUUGGAGCAGAUGCGCCCCAGGUGCCGGAUGAGGGGGAUGAGUCCGUGUCUGGAUCGGGAUCUUCCUCCACUCCGAGCUCAUCCUUCCCGUCAGAAAACGAGGACAACGACGAUGGGGAGUGUGCCAUCGUCUCGGUGAAGAUGGCCCCGGAGAUCAGGCAGUCCGUCGCCCUGCUGGCACAAGUGCAGAUGAGGCUGGAGGCUCUGGAGAAGAGGAGCGCCAGGCUGCACCAGCGUCUGGAGCAGAAGAUCGGUCGCCAGAGGCGCCCGCAGCUGGAUCAGAGGAGCUCCAUCACCAAAACCAUCCCCGGCUUCUGGGUCACUGCUCUGUUGAAUCAUCCCCAUCUCUCAGCUCACAUUGAUGAAACUGAUGAAGAUGCUCUUAGUUACAUGACUGAUCUUGAGAUUGAAUCUUUCAAGAACAACAAACUGGGAUACAGGAUUCGCUUUCACUUCAGACGAAACCCAUAUUUCCAGAAUAACAUCAUCAUGAAGGAGCUGCAUCUUGGGAUGGGAGGGUCUCCCAUGUCCUUCUCCAACCCCAUCCUGUGGCAUCGUGGACACAACUUGACAGCUCACAGCGAGCCCAGGAAGUCAUCGCGUGGGGUUUACGAGACCUUCUUCAGCUGGUUCAGUGACCACAGUAACCCUGGACAAGAUGAUGUCGCUCAGAUCCUUAAGGACGACCUGUACAGAGACCCGCUGAGAUACUACCUCACACCUCUCUGGGAACCAAGGGAGAACGGCAGCGGCACUGAGGCGCGAGCAGCUGACAACAGUAACGGAGACGAGUGUGUGGUGAUCUCUGACUCGGAUGACGAGCCGGGGGAAGAGCCUGUUGUGGCUAAACACGGCCCCAGUAGGGAGCCGAGGGAGGAAGAGGAGGAGGAGGAAGACGAGGAGGGGGAGGAGGACGAUGACGACAGGGGGGCAAGUGCAGAUGAGAGCCAGGAAGAGGAAGAAGAGGAAGAGGAGGAUGGUGAUGAUGGUGGUGGCGGCGGCGGUGGUGGUGAAGAAAUUGUGAUUGAUGGCUCUGAUGACAGUGACCAAGAGGAGGACGAAGAGGACGAGGCCUAAGAAAGUGAUGACGAAGAGGAAUUGAACACUAAUCGGCAACAACAUUAAAACCACCGUAACAUCGUUUAAACCCCCACAUCUAGAUCCACUCUGAGCCGUCAGCUUGCGGGCGCAGGAUCUCUGCAACGGUCCUGUGGUUCCCGGCACUGGGACGGCUCUGGUGGGCUGGAAACCUGGAGACCUGGAGACCUGUCAUCACCUGAAGCUGCUCUUCGUGUGCCGGGAGUCUCUCUCCAGCUGUUUUUGUGGGGGGCGCUCGGUCUGUAGCAAUGAAAAGGUGGUGGCAUGUGUGGAAAUAAACAUCUACUUAAAUGCCGGGACCCACGAUUUCCCACCAGAACAUUUUUAGGAAAGAUAUUGCCUGCUUCAGCUCCCUGUGGUUUUAAUAUUGUGACUGAGCGGUGUCUGUUGAAGCGGCAGAGCCACCAUCGGGACCAGAGACUCGGAAGAAGAAGAGGAGGCUCAGUCUAGGAUGGCCAACAGUGGAUUGGGGGGAAAAAAAUCCCUCUUUUAUGCACAAAAUAUCAGUUUUAUACCUAAAAUAUACAGAAGCUUUUUAAAUCAGGGUUAAGAAUAACAAUAAAGCCAAGGCAGCAUGUCUCCCUCUGUUUUUUUUUUACAGACAGUACUAUGUAUUCUAAAGUACUCUCAUUCACUUUUUACUUUUUGGGGUUUUUUUUUCCUGAACACGCCUAUCUUUUGCCCAACAGCUCAAACAAAUGAUGUUAUUUUUGUUCAGUGAGGAAGCGUACGUGCAGUCAGAUGGGAAUGCUUGUUCAUUUUUGUGUAGCAGAUCCUUCCCAGGACUAACGCUUGGUUUCAUCAGAGGCAUUAUUACUGGUCAUUUCAGUCUGACGUUUAGGAUUUUUAUUUAAAACCGACGCGUGUCGAAACAAAUGUCACAAGCUCAACAUGAUACAAUGACAGUACUUUCAGACGCUCUGAGUACUGAGCCAAACUGUGACCUCAGGGAUGAUCAUGGUGGUAGUUGUACCGAACGAAUCCUAAUAAGUUUCAGUCGCUUGUACACACAUUAUUGUUGGUUGGUUGUAAAUAAAUGUCUGCUGUAGUAAAUAGGAAUGAUGAUUAUUUUAAUAGACUACCAGUGUUUUUUUUUCCCCCUCUUUAUUCUACAUGUUCUGCCAUGUUACAGAACAACCUCCACAUUUUAAAAACCAUCUUUGAUGUCUUGUGAUUAUUGCAUAGUUUGACCAAUGGUUCCGUGGAUUCCUGCAUUUUUGUAAUAUGUCCCUUAAAUCAUUAAUUUUAAAAUUUCUCUGCAUUUUGAAUUAAUUUGAAUUUUCAUACUUAAACAUCUUUUUUAUGUGUAAUGUGUAUUAAAUUUUGUUUCCUUAAAACUGGUAUUUAUUAAUUUUUUUUCUACACAUUCACGUUCUGGCAUGCCUGAACUGUAAGACAGGCUAGUGAUAGCACUUGCGAGGCUGUAUAGAGGAAGUCUACUGUGCACGUGUAAAUGUUUAAUUCACGGCAACAUCAUGUGGUGCACUGUAACAAAACGGCAUUUGUAUUUGCAUACUUUUCUUAGUUAUAAACUUGUAAAUAAUACUUUGUUCUCUUUUGGAUAAUACAGACCGUGUUUAAUCCAUGAAUGGAUUUAUUAGCAAAUUUGGAGUUUUUCACUGACCUGUUCAGAAAGUUAUAUUUUGUGUGCCGUGUUUUAUAGAAUGCUGUAGUUAUAAAUACCUACAUGUGCGUUGCUUUGGUUGAUUUUCAUUUGCUUUAAAGAUAAAUGUUCACCUUUUGGUUCAGACUUAAUAAAGUAGACAAUUGUCUAA